AUUUUACGUCUUCAGUAUUUGGUUCAAAAAGUGAUAUAUUAAUGUAGUUUUGUUAUUUUGAAUUGUGUAUAAUGAGUUCUUCACAAUCAUCGUCAUCGUUUUACGAACCACCAAGAAAACCUAUAGAUAAAAAAGUGUUUUAUCAUAAUAUAAAAAUGAAUAUGCAAGAAAUACAAAGAGUUGCACAUGAAGUUGACAAAAAUAUGAAAAAAGUGCGAGAAGAUGUAGAUAUUACAGCUACUUUAUUAAACGCAAUUGAAAUACACGCACAGCAAAAUAAAAAUUAAUAUUUUUCUUUAAUAUAGUUUUUGUAUAAUUUUUUAUGAGAUUUAAAAGAAUAUUUUCGUGAUAAUAAACUUUACUAUUACAAUUACUUUUAUUACAAAGAAAAUCGAUGACUAACUAAUUAAAAAAAAAAAAUGUAAUAUAUGACGGUAGAUCAAUUAAGUGUUUUAACAAGGGAAACAUAAAAAAGCAAAAUUCAUUAUCUCCUAUUUGAACAAAAUAUAUAUUUAAAUAUUUUUUAUUUUUAUUAUAUAUUAUAGUUUUUUUAUUACAAAUUAAUUGAAUAAUUUUCGUGAUCGAUGUAUUGAUCAGUUAAGAAUGAAAAUACAAUCCGCGAGAUGUCGUCUUUAUUCCUCACGUUGUAUAUUACAUUAAAAAUUCAUGUCAGUUUUUGACACACAAAAGUUAUCUUUUACAUUGUUUGUUUUUAUUAGUUAAAUCUUUGAUAUGAUAAAUGAAUAUUUAUUUAGGUUCAGAAUUCAUUUAAAAGAUAAAGAUAAAGAUGGAAAAUAUUGAAAAUAUUAAUAGAUUAGAUGGAGAAGUCAUGGAUUAUGUGGACAGCAUGGUUGAUAACAAUAAAGUUUCCCAUUUAGAAAAAAAUUUAAGCAAACGACAAUUAAAAAGGGCGAAGAGAACGGAAAAAUGGUUGGAGCGAAAAAAUGAAAAAAGAAGAUUAGAACGAGCUAAAGCUAGAGAAAAGCGAGCAUUUGCUCGUGCAAAUAAUAUAGAUCUUGGCCCAUCUAGAAAAGCUUUAAAAAGAAGUACUAUGGCAGAGAGUAGUUGUAAGCUUACCGUUACAAUUGAUUUAUCAUUUGAUGAUUUAAUGAUAGACAAAGAUAUUGCAAAAUUGAUUAAGCAGAUAUUAAGGUGUUACACAUUAAAUAGAAGAGCAAUUGCACCUUUACAAUUUUCUUUAACAAGUUUUAAUGGCAAAUCUAAAAAGGAAAUGGAGAAGCACAAUGGAUAUGAGCACUGGGAUGUAAAAUUUGAAUUUGAUUCAUACACAAAUAUUUAUCCAAAAGAUAAAAUUAUAUAUCUCACAAGUGAAUCAGAAAAUGUAAUAGAUCGACUAGAUCACAGUUGUAUAUAUGUUAUAGGUGGUUUGGUUGAUCACAAUUGUCAUAAAGGUCUUUGUCAUAAGUUGGCAGUGGAAAAUGGAAUAAAACAUGGUCGUUUACCAUUAGAUAAAUUUCUUCUAAUGAAAGCUAGAAAAGUUUUAACCAUUGAUCAUGAUAUAUAUUUUUCAGUAUUUGAAAUCCUUCUUAGAAUAACAGAAGGUAAAACAUGGCAAGAAGCAUUUCUUCAAGUGUUGCCAGAACGUAAGAGAGCUCAACCUAUUACAUUUCCUCCAAAAAAAUCUGAAGAAUGUAAAACAAUCGAUGAUAUUAAAAUAGAAAAAGAUUGUGAUAAAGAUAUGUGUAAUAUAGAAAAUGUAUUCAAACAUGAAUAAAGUUAUAAAAGCUUGUAACACUCUA